UGUAGCUUGCCAGUUCGGUCAAAGAGGUUUUCUCAUCGAUGUUGACCUAGUUUUGUGCCAUUAAUAGUCAAUAUUGAGAGCAAGUGAAUUUCCGGAUUCACUGGCUUUGAAGUAAACUAGUAACUUAGCGUAUGCAAAUAUGUUAGUUAUUGUUAAUGGUUUUUAAAUAGUUUAUUCAGUCUCCACAUUGUUAGCUAUAGCUAGUAAGCUGUCUCCUCACUGUGGACAUUAGUUAGACGACAGCUAACGUUAGCUAGACAUCACUCCAAGUUCCAGCUAUUGACAUUCAGUCAUCUAGAGAGUUUAUGCAGAACGGUGACCAGCAUUACAGCAUGGAAGAUGAAACCUACACGGACAUCGACGGCAAGGCCAUCUCUCUGGAGUGUCAAAGUCACUCGGGUUUCUGCAGGGAGUUCACGGUUAGCUCGGCUAAAGUCUCCAUAGGCAGAGUGAUGGCUUACACCUGCGCCGUCUGGCUAUCGGCCUACAUCAUAUUCUUCGUCACCGAGAACACAGCCGUUCUCUCCAGUGCCAUAAUCAUCACCCUGGUCGGUAUGAUGUUUCACAUCCACUUUGUGAAGGUGGACCAUGAGACGCUGCUCAUCAUUGGUUCUCUGGGUGUCCAGGUGUCUUCUAGCUACGCCUCCGGCAGGGAGUCUACAGACUUCAUAGAGAUGGGCAAGAUCAAAGACAUAGUAAUUAAUGAAGCUAUUCACAUGCAAACCGUCAUCUACUAUCUUUGCAUCCUCUUGAAGGACCCCUCAGAUCCAGAGGCAGUGUCUACCGUGGUCCCGCUGUUUCAGAGCUCAAAACCAAGGCUGAACUGCCUGGUCAAAGUGUACAAGAGCUGCCAGGAGAUUCUAGCUAAGUGCUGAUGGUGAUGAUGUCAUUUGGUAAACCGUCUGGGUGAACCACACUGACGCCAUGUUGGAAAAGCACAGUCGCUGACAUCACUGCAUACCGAGCCUUCGACCUACUGACUUCACCGCAUACCAACCCUUCAUACCAAGUCAUGCAGCAUGUUUUGAAUGUUUCUCUGAUUGUGUUAACAAUUCCCAAAUGGAAAGAAAAACUGAUGAUACAACUAUUAUUGUUUUAUCUACUUUUGUCUUUUUUUGAAAAAUUAUUUAUCAGGUCAUUUUCCACACACCAGUUUUUAGUAAUGCAAGACGAGAUCAUUAGGAUGUCAUAAGGUGAAUGCACCAAUUUGUAAGUCGCUCUGGAUAAGAGCGUCUGCUAAAUGACUUAAAUGUAAAUUAGGUCAUCCCACUAAAAUAUACUAUACUCUUAAGAUUCUCAGUAAUAGAGUAGUUUAUGAAUGUAAGUCCUUAUUUAGUGUUACCUAAUGUUGUUAUUUACUUCUAUGUCUUAGAAUCUACUUGAACAGUGUUUGCCUGGAACUAUGUCCCUACUUGAUAAGCUCGAUAACUUUAAGGAUUUCCUGUUGCAACUAUGAAUUUAGAAAUAACCUCUUUUUUCUCUUUUUAUUUUUCUAUAUUAUUAUAUAUUUACAAAUAUUGUAUUCCAUUUGAAGAGUUAAUAGUAUUUAUCAUGUAAUUUAAAUAAGAAUUUGUUCUUAAAACUGACUUGCCUAGUUAAAUAAAUAAAAAAUAUUUUUAAAAUGUG